AUGGUGUCCGCUGAUAAUCUCAACCUCGACUGCCUCGAACUUAUUUUUGCUCACCUCAGCGUAAAUGAUCUGGUCUCUGUCUCACUCGUCAGCCGCUCUUUUCUCGCCGGGGUCAUUCCACGACUGUACCGCACCCUCUUAAUCAGGCUCAACCAAACCAAACGAUACCCUGCUAUCAUAUCCCCUUUUGCAACUGUUCUCGCACAUCCCAAUCUUGCUCGGCACGUUCGUCAUAUUGAUAUCCGGACUGUCCCAGCCGUCAAGUCUACCCCUCGUCCGGACUUCUUAAGAGAUUGCUCUCUUACCAUUGCUCUCUGCCUCAACCUAGUGUCGUUUACAUGCACUCCCAACGUUUUACCGUCAUUUCUGCUCGACCUGCAGCGCAAGGAGUCACUUCAACAUUUGCGUGUCAACGCGACUCUGACUCCAGACCAAGCGCAUCAGCUUGCACAGAUACGAAAUUUGAAUAGUAUCACCCUUGAUACUGCCACUCCUCACACUGUGGACGUUCUCUCCAGAUGGUCGGCCAACCUGACGGCCACUCUCACAACACUGACACUCUUUGCAAUACAAGACUUGAGCGAGUGCAUCCUUGAGUCGACAUUGGCAAAUCUUCCGAAGUUAACUGGCUUGCACGUAGUCAACUGCAUGAAAAUUGACCACAAUAUUGUGCUACGCCUUGUAUCGUAUACACCUCGGCUGGAAAGUCUGUCCUUCACCAGCUGGGAGACCACGCGUCCCACUCCGUUGCUUCCGGUGUCUGCAUCCUUGCGUUUGCUGAAACAUUUGUCGGUCGAUACACGUUGCGAGCUUUCUCCAAAUGCAACUCCUAGUUUGUGGAAUGCUAUCAUUCAGUUGACGCGCGCCUGGUCUUGCUCGCUGAAAUCGAUCACGCUGAAACUCUCCGACAAGGUGCUUAUUGGCGACCUCUUUAUCAAGGAACUAUUGGACACGCAUGGGGCUACUCUGACGCACAUGGCGCUGUUAAACUGCGCGUUGAGCUUGGUCAGUGUGCGUUCGAUCUGUACACGUUGUGUCGAUCUUGAAAGAUUUGCCAUCAACAUACCUGUAAAGGAUCUUUAUUCUUUUGCCGAUGCCCUCGCGGCUUCGAAAAGCCUACACACGCUCAGCGACAUAGGCGAUACGCACCAUUCGGUCCACGGCCAGAGAAUCUUUGUAUCCAAGCCGGAUAUUUAUACUAUCAUGGAAGCUGUCCCCAAAUUGCAAAGAAUAAUAACGGAUGGUCGAGUCUGGACUGCUAUACGAUGGCCUUCUAAAGUAUCCAUGAACGAUCAAAUCAAAUUGCACCUAGAACGCAAGAAAUCGCCUCCCAAUCACUGGUUUAUGCCUCCUGCGGGAUGCAAUACGUGA